AUGCACCGCGCAUUCUCCUACCCCAUGACUGCGGAGCGCAGCCGGACCAAGGAGCGCCUGGAGGCGAGCGUGGCCGGCCUGUGCGAGCUGGAGCUCCGCCGGCAGAGGCAGGAGGCUCUGGUUCUCGGGGCCUUGGCUCUGGGAGACCCCAUGCCCCACGCUCACUCCGCAAGCAAGAUGUCGUGUUUCAGCAGCUGGGGAGAGGAAAACUUGACAUUGAGACGACAGCUGAGCGCUCUCCAGACCUCACCCUGGGGAUUGAUCCAGGUGUUGGAACAGCAGGUGGGAGAGCUCAGGAUCGACACUGACAACAGCGCCUUUGAUGGAGUCCAAGGGGGCAUGGGGGACAGUCGUCCUUGUUCAGGCUUCUGUGAGCCAAGCGAGGGCCAAUCUCCAAAAGAACGAUCCUGUUCCACAGAGCUGACAGAAUCAGCCUCAUCCUGGGCUUACAACAGCGAGACGCCAAAAUCUCUAGAUGCCCUCAACCUGAAUGGAGAACACCUCAUGAAUGUGCCUGCUCCACAUGCCACUCUGCCCCGCUCCUUCUCUGCCCUUUACCCGCCUCUUCAGGGCAUUGCUGAGGAGGCAGCAGGUGAGGAGUUCUGGCAGUGGGAGGUCCAAGGUGCCAACCAAGCCUGGCAUCAGCAGUCUGUGGAGGAUCAAGUGUCUGAGGAGGACUAUGAGCAGGCUGUAAGGGUCGAGGGUUAUAUCCUUGGUCUGAUCCAGCGCCAUACCCUGUUACCACGCCCAUGUCAGCCUCGCACCAGCCUGAACCCUGACCUCCCAUACUGUGGUGUCACCGCACAGAGCACUAUAUACAAGAAGACUCCUUCUCAUACCCCUGAGCACUCCCCCGUCGACCUCUUUGUCAAGCCUCCCGUUGACCUUUCAACUAACCCCGAGAGCCAAGGCUGGGGUUGUGACCUGCUGCAGGGGGAGGCCUGUGGAGGAGAAGCCCCAUCUUUGGAGGAGGGCUGUUAUUUGGCCAUGCCCUACCCCCACUCCAGCCUACCCUCCAUGGCUGGAGGUCAAUCACCUUCAUUGCCCUCACUGGAUCCCAACUGUGAUGUUGGGUCUCUUGAUCUUUGUCAUGAGGCCCAGCCCCCUCAGCACCACACAGUCCCUUACUCCCAGACACAUCACAACCAGAGCCUAGUCAGUGCUCAGUAUAUCCCAGGCCAAGGCUGCCAUGCCCCUGUGCGGUCCCCCAGACACUUCUCACCAGUGCAGCCUAAGUCUGGUCGAGAUGUCACCUCACCUGAACAGCCCAGCAUCAAGUCCAAAACGUCUAAGAAGAACCAAGAGGAGCGCCAGAGGUCUAGGAAUAAGACCAGUCGGUCCCAGUCAGACAACAGCCUUCAGGGCCAUAGAGUUCUCCCUGAGCGCAGGUAUAGCACCACAGAAAGGCCACAAGCCAGAAGGGAGCAGGCUCACAACCAGGACCAUGUUGCAGGGACACAGGCUGGCUAUACCAACAGUUCCAAUGGGAGCCGACGCUGGUGCUCCAACCUGGAGCUCAGCCAGGAUGAAGGGGAUGUUCAAUUGGGGCAAGCAUACAGGAGACCACCUCGAAAGGCUCGUCAUGACUACAUUUCCCCCAGUGCUCAUUUGCAGACUCACCAUCACCGUCGCUACCAUGGACAACCUCGGCACUCAGACUUUCCAGAGAGAGCACCUCUUUGUAGGGGAGAGGAGGGGAGCUACGCCGGGGCCGCUCCUGGAGAAUCUGAGUCCAGCAUGAGUGAGGUGUAUUCGCCAGCCUCCAGCUCUCUGUCCAGUGACUCAGACGAAAGUGGGGGGCUAGUGUGGCCUCAACAGCUGCCUCCACGCCUCGUCCCAUCCUCCUCCUCUUCAUCUUCAUCACCACAAGCCACAGCCAACACCUCCUCCCAGCCCAAGGCCUUCAUCAAGAUCAAAGCCUCACACGCUCUCAAGAAGAAAAUCCUCAGAUUCCGCUCUGGGUCUCUCAAGGUCAUGACCACUGUUUGA